CUGAAUUCGUCACGGCCAAACAAAACACACACGCGCGCGCGCACACACACAUUCCUUCGUGUGUUAAAUGACCACGACAAAAGUGAAGUAAGAUGUUAUUUGCCCUGCAAGUGCUCUGCUUCAUAUGUGUGUAGAUCUGACAUCUUUAUGCGAGAGGAAGAAGAAGAAGAAAAAGCGUCAUGGACUUUAUUUUAGGAAAAAGUUUCUCCGCGAUGUUUCGCUUUUUGACUCCGCUGCUUCUCGGAUUGUUUUCCCAGUCAGUCAGCCUGACAACUGCUGUCGUCAGUAUGAAGCAUCCACUGGCUGUUGUCCAUCAUGAAGGUUCAUCUCACUGGGCUCGACAGGGCCGUUCUUUCCGUCCCACACAUGCAAGCGAACCGCUGAUGGUCCCGGCUCGAGCCCCCAGUGUGCAUCUGUCCCAGGAGGAGAUCCAGAGACUGCGUUUCAAGCCCACCGUGGGCACCAUCCAGCGCUCCGAGGGGGCAGAGGUGCACUUCAAUUGCUCCAUCGACAUCAAUGACGUCAGCCAGGACCUCAAUAUACUGUGGUUUAGAAAUGGCAAGGAAAUCCAUGACAGCAUGCAGACCGCGAUCUCCACUCAAGGCACAGUCAGCUUGCAGUCCACUAUAAGCAUUAAAAGUGUGCAGAGAGCAGAUGCUGGAGAAUAUCACUGCAGACUCAGUGUCAGUAACAAGUUCAUCGAGUCAAACUCCAUCAAUCUGGUAGUAGAAGGCCUGCCGACCUUCAUUAUACAGCCGAGUGAUGUGAACAUCACAAGAAACACACCUUUCACACUGACCUGUGAAGCUGUCGGACCCCCAAAUCCGGUCACUAUUAAGUGGCUCCACAAAGGCAAGAGAUUUCUGGAGAGCAACCAGUCGUCCAGCAUCAUCCCCAUUGAAGGUGUUGAUGCACCCACUCAGUUCAGCUGUGAAGCUCACAAUGAGAAAGGCCUGACUGCGUCCAGAGAAGCUCACAUCAAUAUAAAAGAGCUUCCAGAGAAAGUGUCAAAGGUCACAGUGGUGAAGCGAGAGGCGAAUAAACUCUUGUUAAGCUGGACUCCAGGACACGACGGCUUCUCUCCUCUCAGCAUCUGCUACAUCGCGGUCAGAGAGCUCCAGGGUGCAGGCAGCCCUACAGCUGCUCACAGCACCGCAGUGCCUCCCUUCCAGUAUGAGAUCAACAACCUGAAGGCCAUGACCUGGUACAACAUGAGUGUGUCCUGCAGCAAUGAGAUCGGCCCGUCGCCACCCAGCGCAUGGGUGCAGAGUAACACCACUGAGGGCGUUCCAUCAGAGGCUCCGCAAAACUUGACUGUUCAGUUAAACAAUUCCAUGCUGAUAAUCCGAUGGGAAGCUCCGCCUCCUGACAAGCUGAAUGGAAUUUUGCAAGGAUAUGAUGUCACAAUUAAACAUGGGACACACACAAACACGAUUCGCAGCAUGAGCACAGAGGCUGCAGUGACUCUGCAGGAGUUUAACAGCACAUACAGUGUGGAAGUGGUGGCCUGCACACACAGCGGCUGUGGCACCAAACGGUCACGACACUGGCUCGUUGUGCCCAGCAUUGAUUCGCCUGAUUCUCCAUCCUCGACUCCGCUUCCCAAUCGUCCUGAUUCUGCCUUCAUUGUUCUCGGGGUGGUUUGCGGUUUCUUUCUGGUGAUCGUGUUGUGUUGGGUGGUGUGGCUGCACAACAACUCUUAUUUACCGUGUUGGUUUGGUGCAGAUGAUAAACUCACUCCGAUCGUGGAGUACAAACCUCAGAGAUCCUAUAACCGCUCAGCCAUCGAAAUCACACUUGCGAGUCUGGGCAUCAGCAGUGAACUUCAGGCCAAACUGCAGGACGUGAUGAUCGUGAGGAACCUGCUGUCCAUUGGAAAAGUUCUGGGAGAAGGCGAGUUUGGAUCUGUGAUGGAAGGACAUCUCAGACAGCCUGAUGGAUCCACUGAAAAGGUUGCAGUGAAGACCAUGAAAUUGGAUAACUUCUCCCAGAGAGAGAUUGAAGAGUUUCUCAAUGAAGCUGCUUGUAUGAAGGAUUUUCACCAUCCGAACGUCAUCAAACUCUUGGGUGUUUGUUUGGAGGUUGGAUCUGGACACUUUCCGAAACCAAUGGUUGUGCUUCCCUUCAUGAAAUAUGGAGAUCUGCACAGUUACUUGCUCCGCUCCCGUCACGGGGAAGAUACUGUGUAUCUCCCCAUGCAGAUGCUGCUGAAGUUCAUGAUAGACAUCGCUCUGGGAAUGGAGUAUCUCAGCAGCAGAAACUUCCUUCACCGAGACCUGGCCGCACGAAACUGCAUGUUGCGUGAUGACAUGAGCGUGUGUGUUGCUGAUUUCGGCUUGUCAAAGAAAAUCUACAGCGGUGAUUAUUACAGACAGGGCCGGAUAGCCAAAAUGCCUGUAAAAUGGAUUGCCGUGGAAAGCCUCGCUGACAGAGUCUUUACUGUCAAAAGUGACGUGUGGGCGUUUGGAGUGACCAUGUGGGAAAUCGCCACUCGAGGAAUGACCCCGUACCCGGGCGUACAAAACCAUGAGAUUUAUGAUUAUCUCCUUGAGGGGAACAGACUGAAACAACCAAACGACUGCCUGGAUGAACUCUAUGACAUUAUGUUUAGCUGCUGGAGCAAUGAACCUGUGGACCGACCCGACUUCACACAGGUCAGGAAGAGGCUGGAGACGCUGUCGGCGAAACUCCCUCAGGUGUCCAACAAAAGAGACAUCAUCUACAUCAACACCAGCUUCCCUGAAGAGGAGGAGGAGGAGGAUGUAGAGUUACCCGACAGGGUGGCCGAGGACCCUGUGCUCACAUCCUCACCCUCCUGCAGUCGCCAGACAUCCGACACAGCAGUCAUUACAGCGGAUAUUCAUGAAUGCACAGAUGCAGAAGACGACCGAUAUGUUGUUGUCAUAUCCUCUGGUGAACAUGCAGCUAGAUCUGCUGUUGAAACACCACUGUUGAAUCACGAACACUUAGAAGAGGAGUGCAGUGAAACGGUGACAGCGACACAGCAAACGUCUAGUGACAAAACAUGCUUGUUGUGAUCGGAGUUUGAAAUGCAACUUUUUUCUAUUCUGGGCCACUAGAAGGAGCAAUCUGAAGGAAUAAUGACUGUGUUUAAAAAGGUUUCUCCACCUCUACGUGUUUUAUAGCUGUGGCGAUGAUUCCAGUUGAAAAAUACUUUGAUUCUGAAAUGUUCAGAAUGCAUCACAGUUCUACUUUGAAUUGGAUUCUGAGCUUUGACUGGCUCUCUAGGCGUGCUUUAACACUGCAUUGGAAAACAAAUGAUUCACUGGAGUUUGAUUCAUUAAAUUAAUUGAAAUGAUUUAUUAAAUUACCGUCCGUUUGUUAA